GCCACCAUGGUCCACCUGAGGGCGUCCGAAGUCCGGCAGCUGCUGCACAACAAGUUCGUGGUCGUCAUGGGGGACUCGGUGCAGAGGGCCGUGUACAAGGACCUGGUGCUCCUGCUGCAGAAGGACUGCCUGCUCUCAAGCAGUCAGCUGAAGGCCAAGGGCGAGAUGAGCUUCGAGCAGGACAGGCUGCUGCACGGCGGCUGGUGGGGCCGUAUGCACAACGGGACCCACUACCGCGAAGUCCGCGAGUUCUGCUCCACACACCACCUUGUGCGCGUCUACUUCCUCACACGCGCCAACUCCCGGUACGUGGAGAAAGUCCUGCUGGAGCUGCUGAGGGGCCAGCACGGCCCAGAGGUGGUCGUCAUGAACUCCUGACUCUGGGACCUGUCCAGGUAUGGCCAGGAUUCCAUGUGGAGCUACAGGAGGAACCUGGAGACCCUGUUCUGGCGCCUUCGCCAGGUGCUGCCCGAGUCAUGCCUCAUGGUGUGGAACACUGCCAUGCCAGUGGCUGAGACGGUCUCAGGGGGUUUCCUGCCGCCUGAGGGCAUGCCCCCGACCGCGUGCCUGCGGGAUGAUGUGGUGGCGGCCAACUUCUACAGUGUCGCUGAGGCCAGCAGGCUCGGCUUCGACGUGCUGGACUUGCAUUUCCACUUCCGGCACUCCUGGCAGCACCGGCAGCCAGAUGGCGUGCACUGGAACCAACACGCUCACCGAAGGCUCUCGCAGCUGCUGCUGGCCCACCUGGCUGAUGCCUGGGGCGUGGACCUGCCCUGCGAUGAGCCGGUGGGCAGGUGGAUCUGGGAAGGCCCUGGGAGCCUUCUCAGAGGGCCCGCGAGCUGCAGGCUGCUCCAGCGCCACGGAGGUGAAUCCGGUGAGGAGACCCCGCCUUCGCGCCCACCUAGGCCCGCGAGCCCUAUCGCUCAGUUUUGGAGACACCCUGUAUCCCCGCCCCAGGUUCACAGGCGCUUCCAGCCCCGCCGCCAUGGCUCCACUUUGCUCUGGGACCAAUCCCUGCAGCGCCAGCCAUGCUCUGGCGACGCCUAUGCGCAGCACACUAGAUAUGGCGGGGAAGCAAACCCGACCACUGGCCGGCAGCCCCGCCACGGCCGAAUACAUAGGGCCUCUGAUUCUCACCAGCGCCGCGUGGUUCACCGGGCUUCUCCACCUUACCCCCCAGGUCCCCCUGCAAGGCCAGAGAGGCUCAGGGGCAGGGGCCGCAGCCCCGGACGCAUGCAGGUGUGGAACACCUCCAGCCACCCCUCCACCCCUCUCAGCAGCGACAGGCCUUACAGGCGCAGAUACCAGACGUACACCCCCACGGCUGUCUCCUCCUUGCCUUGA